CUACUUUCGUUUCGUGAACAACAAAAUUUGGUCAAAAUGACACUUGCUUCUAAGUGCAGUGCCGCUAACAACAAUUAACCAAGUAUUUGUUUUUGUUGAUUUUCAAAGCUUUAUUGUAGAGAAGGAGAAGAGCCAUGGGUAGCGACAUGAACAAUACCAUAAUGAGGACUGUCUCCUUUGUGGAGAGAAUAGAGGUGGAGUACCAUGGUAACAUCAUUACGCAGGCCAUGGUACUGGCUGAUGUGGACAAUGAUAUGGCGAAUGAGCUGGUAGUUGGUAAUAUAGAAGGACACAUUGCCAUUUUCAAAGGAGACUCUUCAAAAGCAUGGAAGAAGACAACUGUCAGUGGUAUGUUGACUUGUCUUGCAGUGGGAGAAAUUCACACUCCACACAAGAACAGCUUAGUGUGCAUCACAGCUGAAGGAUGGUGCUAUGUGUAUGACAUCACACCUCAAAGUCCUUUUCAGAAUCUGAGUGGAGAUGACUCUGAUGAAAGUCGCAUGUUCCGGCCUGUGUUCACACAAGAGUUGCCGGCUAAUGCUAGAGUCAUGUGCUUGGCUGACAUUGACUCUGAUGGACAUGUAGAGAUGGUCAUCGGAUAUUCUGAUCGAGUUGUGCGGGCUUUUAGGUGGCACGUUCCUCACGAUCCGGAGAGCGGUCAUUUUGUGCCUCUGCAGAAAUGGCAGCUGGCUGGACAGAUUGGAAGCAUCACCAUCAAUUAUGAUAAAGAACACCGACCGGAGCUGAUGGUGUCGCAACCGGGGGCAACCUUCGUCUCACUUCAGGUGCGGCCACAAUUCCGACACAUUAAGUCAGAGAGCCACUUAGACAAGCUGAGCGGAUCCAGGGCCAGCUCUUCGCUGGAGCACAGUGGAAGUUUUGGUGCCUCUGCUGCUGGAGACUCUCUCAAGGCAUCGGGUAAACAACAGACUCAAGGGGCUCAAAGCAACGGUAACAAAUCAGACCCUCUUUCCAGCAAGACAGAGCCUGCUUCUUCCAGUGGCUUGAGCAAAGUGUCUGCAAAGUCUUCCGAGAGUUUGUCUAGUGCUAAUACUUUGAGUUCAGAGUCUAAAAGCAGGCUGGACACUUCUAAUCAGGAAAGUGUUUCGAAAAGCAAGUCUGAGAGUCCUAAAGAUGGUCAUAAUGACAGUUCUUCUGUCAAGGUGUCUAUGAGGCAGAGAGGGGAUAAAGUGAACAUUCAGCCUCAUAUCUCUGACUGUCCCUUUGAUUCUGGUGAGAGUCAGCUGGAAAAGUCUCAGGGAAGGCUGUCUCAGUUUCUGGAUUCUUCUUUUGAUGAGGACGGAUACCUCAUCUACCAUCCUCUUGCCAACUCACAAAUCCGCAACAAGGACACAAGCACGGUCAUCAUCGGAGGCAUUAACCGUGGCCGCACCAGUCACUCCAGCACAGACUCCGACCCGCCGCAAUCCCAGGCCACCUACUAUGCCCUGGCAACUCUUGAUGGUUCUCUUAAUCUUGUGGAGAACGAUACGAUCUUGUGGUCACUGCAUGUAGAUCAUUACCUCUUUACUUUGUCCAAGCUAGAUGUCACGGGGAAUGGUAAAGAAGAAGUGGUCUGUUGUUCCUGGAGUGGACAGACAUACAUUGUGAACCACAGCAAGGAGACAGUACGUUAUGACUUCCCAGACAGCGUGGCUGCUUUCUGCGCAGGAUACUAUUCUGUACGUGACCAUGUGAACGUGCCAUGUUUUGUAUACGCUACAUUCAACAAUCGUAUCUGCAUCUAUCCUAAUAUCUCGUUACCUCGAGUGGAGUCUACAAAUUUGAUGAAAGUCAUGGGAAGAAAAAAAGAGACAAAGGAACUGCUGCAUAAGCUCAAUGUCAAUGCUGAUGAUAUGGAGUCUGUACAAAAACUGUAUCACUGGUGUCUGUAUGGCCAACACAGAAAGUCAUGAUGGACCAAGCUCUUCAGUUUUCAGAAAUUUGCAAACAGAUUGUGCUAUUGUUUCGUUAGCCUCAUGCAGGAAAGUCAUUUAUACAUUUGGGCAUGGAUGACUCAAAUACGUUGGAGAUUGACAGUUGUGUUUGGCAUAUCCAUAAUUUGAGUAAUAAUUUUAAAAAAUAAUAAUAGAUAGCAUUUGUAUUGUAUGCGCAAAUUCCCACUCAACAGCCAGCUCUA